AGUUGUCUACUAGCGGCCCAGAACUGUAGAUAUCUAACACAAACAUUGAAAAAAAAAUUAUUUAGUUAAAGCUAAUAUAGAAUUAUACAACAUUAAAAAAUUUCAAGAAAAAUAAAUAAAAUGUUCAGCAAAAAACCAACACCAAAAGAAGUUUUAAAGCAACAAAAUAGAGAAAUUCGAAAAACUCAGAGAGAAGUCACUCGAGACUAUAGCCAGUUAGAAAGACAAGAAAAGUCGAUUGAAAUAGAAAUUAAAAAAGCAGCUAAACAAGGAAACAAACAACUUGCAACACAGUUAGCAAAACAGUUAAUUGUGAUUCGAAAUCAGAAAACAAGAAACAUAGGUGUAAAAUCAAAAGUAACUGCUAUUGGAGCACAAAUGAAUACUAUGCAAUCAAAUGUAAAAAUGGCCGAAUCAAUUGGUUCAGCAACAAAAGUAAUGGGAGUCAUGAAUAAGCAAAUGAAUGUUGAAGCUAUGUCUAAUGCAAUGCAGCAGUUUGAAAAAGAAUCCAUAAAAAUGAACAUGGCAGAUGAAAUGAUAAAUGACACAUUAGACAACUUAUUUGAUGAAUCUGGAGAUGAAGAAGAACAAGAUGCUAUUGUCAGUCAAGUUUUAGAUGAAAUAGGUAUAGAAUUCACAAAACAAAUGCCAAAUGCUCCACAAACCACAAUGAAAGGUUCCUCUAAACAAAAAGUAUCCUCCAAUGAAGAUAAAGAAAUUGAAGAUUUACUUGCACAGUUAAAAGCAAGUUAAACAUUUAAAAUGUGUUAUAAUUUAUGUGCGUUUACCUAUAAUAUGUGUAUAUAAAUGUUUUUUGUGUGGAGGGUAUUGUAUAUUUUUACAGAUGGUAUCGUAUAUUUUGUUAGAAUGAAUUGUAUUUGUAAAUAGGUAACAUUUUAUUGUUUAUGAAAGCAUUUAUAAUCCAUUUUA